CCCAUUUUGGUCCCUCAACUAUUGUACGGACCCCCAAUUCAGUCCCUCAACUCAAAAAAUCCCUGAUUUGGUCCCUACUGUUUACCAUUUUGACCCCGAUUUGGUCCUUCCGUCAAAUUUUUGCUGAGGUGGCUUAUUAACUGACGGAAUGAAAGUGACAUGUACAAAUAUUUAAUACAUCAACUGCCAACAAGGAUAAAUAAAUGACGUGGCUAAAAUCCCGACCACCAAAUCAAACAAAUAUAAUUAUUUAAUUUAUUAAAUUUACAAUUUUACCCUCAUCUUCUUCCUCAGCAUCCUCUCUCUCAAAUCUUCUGAGUUCACUCUAAAUCAAACAUUCAAUUCAAUGAAAUCAAUUAAUUCAUCAUCAUCAUCAAACAAAAUUGCCUCGUUCGAGGCUUGCUGGGUUCGAUCUUACCAAAAAAAAAAAAAAAGCUCCUGGAAACCCAUUUCCAGGCAUAAAAUUUUAGCUAUCUCUGAGACUGAGACUCUGUGCUUGUAUUGCUACUGAAGCUGACUCCAUGGCAACUCCUGGGCAGGUUCUCGCUGAAGCGUAUGUUUUGCGGAAGGUAUACAAGGAGAAGCUGAGGAAAAUGGAAGAAGAAGCAAAGGAAAACAGAGCAAAGGUGGAAGAGAUUGAUUUUGAAGCCCAAAAACCUGGUCAUGAUGGUUGUUUCUUAUCGAUGUUCAAGAAAAUCCAUCCAGUCCGACCUUCGACAAUGCAAAAUGAUGCAAAGGAAGAAGACACUUCUGAUCACUUUAAAGGGUGAUUGAAAACAUCGAUGGCAUAUUGAUUUCCCAGCUUUUGAAGUUAGCUUGCACUCUAUCUUUCUGCAAAAUCUGUUUUUUCUUUUCUUCUCUCUUUUUUUUUUUUUUCUUGUAAUCCAAACAAGAGGAACAAGAAACUGUUGUAUGUUGUGUCUAUUGUGUGUUACUGAAUGGAAUGUUGUUGAAAUUUGUAAAAACAAAGGUUAAUUUUUAUU